UAAGCACCUCUUACAUUAUUAGGAUGUAUUCAUUGUGCAGGCAGGAUUCAUUGUGGCAAUUCCAAAUGAAGAAGUCCUGUAGUUUUUGAUGCUACCUUUAUUUAUGUGAUUCAGUUUGAGUUAAUUUUUGUGUUAAGAUGUGAGGUAAAAGUUUAGUCCCCCACCCCAUCUCCCAUAUGAAUAUCCUAUUUCUUAAGCAUUAUUUGCCCUCUGUAUUGAAUUACUUUGGCAACUUUGUUGUAAAGCAAUUUGUCCAUACAUGAAUAGGUCUUUUUCUGAACUUUAUUGUAUUGGAUUGAUCUGCCUGUUUAUAAUUUAAUCUGGUACUACACUUUCUUGAUUACUAUAGUCUUAGUAGUAAAUUUUGUCUUUUCUAGUGUUACCGAUGGUUGGGGUGGUCUAGAUGUACCUCAGUUCUUGGGUACAUUGCCCCAGUUACUGAAAGAACCAGAAAGAGCAAGAAGGUAAUAAGAAUGAUUGCAGAAUUACAGUGCAUCUCCAGGGGUCAACUCACUAUCCUGAGUAUCCAGUUUCCCAAGAAGAAGGGACAGAAAGACCACUUUGUAAGAAAGGCUUGGGUAUCCCAUGAACGAGCCAGCAGAAAACCGACUGGGGUGCACCAGGACUCCAGAGCCAGAUAUAAGGCUCAGAAAAGGGCACCAACUUGAUGGUACAAGGGGAGGUGGUAAUGACAACCACCAAGGAGACUCGGAGCCCGGUUUAGAGGCAUCGAUUUCUUCUUUCCAUCCUAAAAAAGUCUCUGAGGACAGUGGGUGCAGUGAUGACAAUUGUCAGGAGGAUGAGGGGUUUAUGGGCAUGUCCCCUCUCUUACAAGCCCAUCAUGCUAUGGAAAGAAUGGAAGAGUUUGUUUGUAAGGUCUGGGAAGGGCGAUGGCGAGUGAUCCCUCAUGAUGUGCUGCCAGACUGGCUGAAGGACAAUGACUUCCUUUUACACGGACACCGGCCUCCUAUGCCUUCUUUCCGGGCCUGUUUUAAGAGCAUUUUCAGAAUACACACAGAGACAGGCAACAUCUGGACUCAUCUGUUAGGUUGUGUGUUCUUUCUGUGCCUCGGGAUCUUUUAUAUGUUUCGCCCAAAUAUCUCCUUUGUGGCCCCUCUGCAAGAGAAGGUGGUGUUUGGAUUGUUCUUCUUGGGAGCCAUUCUCUGCCUUUCAUUCUCAUGGCUUUUCCACACAGUGUACUGCCACUCAGAAGGAGUCUCCCGGCUCUUCUCUAAACUGGACUACUCUGGCAUUGCCCUUCUGAUUAUGGGGAGUUUUGUCCCUUGGCUUUAUUAUUCUUUCUACUGUAAUCCACAACCGUGCUUCAUCUACUUGAUCGUCAUCUGUGUGCUGGGCAUUGCAGCCAUCAUCGUCUCCCAGUGGGACAUGUUUGCCACCCCUCAGUAUCGGGGAGUCAGAGCAGGAGUGUUUCUGGGCUUAGGCCUGAGUGGAAUCAUCCCCACCCUGCACUAUGUCAUAGCGGAGGGCUUCCUGAAGGCUGCCACCAUAGGGCAGAUCGGCUGGCUAAUGCUCAUGGCCAGCCUUUACAUCACAGGAGCUGCCCUCUACGCCGCCCGCAUCCCGGAGCGCUUCUUUCCUGGCAAAUGUGACAUCUGGUUUCACUCUCAUCAGCUGUUCCACAUCUUUGUGGUUGCUGGAGCUUUUGUCCACUUCCACGGCGUCUCAAACCUGCAGGAGUUCCGUUUCAUGAUUGGUGGGGGCUGCACUGAAGAGGAUGCACUGUGACACUACCAGUAGCCAGGGACUAUGACCCUGAACCUGGGCCUGCAGCACCUGCAAGCCUCCCUGUUGGUCUCGAUGCUAGUACCAGAGGAGCCCCAAAACUUUGACAGCCUCAUGGGCCUUGCGACAGCCCAGGAGCUCCAUGUGGUACACGACUGAGAAGAGGAAAACAAAAAUAAAUCAUACCUCAAAGGCUGGAUUGCAUCAAUUGGAGAAAAGGAGAAACGGCCUGUUCCUUGACCUGCUCUUGGAAUCGCCAACUGUGGGCUCCGCAAGACCCCUGGCAAACUGGCUUCUGAUUUAUGUCAUAUUUAUUGUAGAAGAUGGGGAAACAGUUCAGCUGGUGGCUCUUUCUUCCUUUCUCUCUUAAAACAAUACAAACCAAUUUAGGUGAACGUUUAUAUCCAGUUAAGGGGUGGGAAUAUGUGAUUUUAGAUGCUCUUUUGGGAGAACAAAAAAAUUAAUGUAAAUAAGAUUUCUAACUUACUGUUUAAAUAAAAAUUUAUAUAAAUGUUUAAAACACAGGGAUAGGGCGGGAGGGAGAAUUUUUGUAUAGAAUGAAACAUGCAAGUACCACACACUGUUUCAAUUUUGCACAAAGUGACCGAAGGAGAAUGAGGUGGUAGCCCCAGAAUACAUGAUGUCUUGGUGCACCAAGGUGCCUUCUACAGGCCAAUGUACUUGGACUCUAGUGGGGCAGAGAUUAUAGCCCCAGCCCAGUGGCCACAUGGCCGCUCUCAGGCCUGAGAACCUUUGGGCGUCCUGCGGUAGAGGUAGAGUAAAGGAAAGGGAAGUUGUGGUAGGUGCUUCAUUGUUGGGAGCAGCAGAAUGGCUGAUAGGUGGUGUUAGGCAAAGGCUUUGGUUAAGGUGUGUCAUUUGAGGGACUGUCUUAUAGGCCAAGAGUGACCCUUUCUAAGGAGUAGAGCCACUAGUCCUGCCAUUGAUGCUGAUAAAGGGUGGUGGAGAUAGUGGAGGACCUUUGGGAGCAUUAGCAUAGGGGCCCAUCUGACUACUUCCUGGUAUCCAGUUCACCUUUGUGGGCAGAGAAGAACAGUUUUCCAUAUCCUUACUGUGGAGCUCUGGCCACCUGUUAAGUUUUCCUGUGUUAAAAAUCACUGCCCUAACUACCGUUCUUCCUCCUGGAAAUAAACAUUGCCUUCUCUAAGAGCCUAAUAGCUCCUGGCAUGGAGCUGGCCACAUAGGAGAUUCUGAAUUGGGUAGUAGGUUCCUCCUGAGGUCACUUGGGUCCAGACCCUGCCUUUGGGCUAGGGAUGAUGAUUUCACCUCUGUGUACUGUCUUGGUAAGCCCUGUGUGACAGGUACCUCAGCUCCCUUGAACAAGAAAGCCAGCAGAACUCUCCAGAAGCCACCAUGGGGUUGUCAGUACUUAUCAAACCCAGCUUUUCAGGGGUAGCAUGGUGCAGAGUUUAAAAGGAAAUGGUGUGAUGGACAGGAAGUCUGGAAGAACCUUUAAGUCCACAUGUUUUCAUUCCUAAUACAAAUGAAAAGUAAUUUCUCUUGUGCCAGGGCCAUCUUGGUAUGGCGUCAGGGAGAGUGGUGGCAGUGGGAUCUGGCUCAUAGGUGAGCCAUUAAAAUAGCACUGGAGCCUUGGAUUACUGUCACCCAAGACUUGAGCCAGUUGUGUUCCAUCCUGGGGAUGGUGAGGCCCUAGGCAGGGGACUGGCAUCUUCAAAGGGAUGUGUGGGAAUUUGGGAAGGGGUUCCUAUUUAUUCUGUAGCGUUUCUGUGGUUAUUUUUCUCCAUCCUUUCCCUUCUGAAUCUCCACUCACAGCUGGGAUCCAGGAAGAAAGAAUCUAAUUUAGAACUUGGGAAGAACUUAGGAGUAUUUUUGGUUCUUGGAUAAGGCCUCUGCCCAAGGUGGACCAAACAAAAGACUCCGUGGGUGAAGUGAUGCAGUGCCUGACAGAAUGAGCAGUAUUACCCCUUGAGAAAAAAGCCUGGCAGGACAGUGGUCAUCUGGAAGGACGUUCACUUAGUUUCGUGGGAGCAAUAGCACAUAUCAGAAGACAGACUUGUUCUUUGGUCAUGUUUUUGGGAUGCAGGGUGUGAGAUGCAGCCCUGUAACAACACCCACAGAAGUAGCAGUCUUUGGGCCCAGGCACCCCACACCCCAAAGCAGGAAGAAUCUUGUUAAACAUAGCACAAACCUUGGGGAAAAUGAAACCAACACCACCAAUGUGUAAAUCCAGUAAAUUCCCUCUUCUGGGUGUGUGUGUGGGCCCAUGUGCCCGUGUGUGUCUAUGCGCAGCUCACUACCAACAGCCUCCAUGUGCACUCGACCUUGCAGUGCCGCUGAGAACUCACCAGGGUGGCGCCUGAAUGCCUUACUCUCAGCAGUCUGAGGCUUGCUUGCUCUGCGCACGUUUUCAAUUUUUGUUUUGGUUCCUAAGCUGGUUAGGACCUCUAUAGCUUCAUUCAUUCUCCGUUAAAUAGUGGCCUUUUUCAGUAUUCUCCCCCGUUCCCUUUAUAAAUUGCUAAAGCCACAAAGCACAUUUUGGGGUAUCAUAGAAGGUUGGGGUUCCAGGAAAGCAUCUGUGUGAUGGUUCCAUUUAUCAUGGGAUUUCCCUACUUGCUGUAUUCUCAAUUUCUCUAAUAAAAAGAACCAAAUGGAAGGUGAACUUUGUUGUGUUUUCACUGCCUUUUCAGCUAUCAUCCUAGAAGACCUAACUUGGACCCUGAAGUUUAAGGACUGCACUUGAUUUUCCCAGCUUUUUGAUUUUCAUCAUAUCUUGGACCAGGUUUGGAAUGGAAAGGAGAUCUAACUCUAAGAGAUAGUUCUUAAUUUAUUAUUGUGUUUAUAAAAAUACUGUCUAGGGACUAGGGUAUGUGGCUCCAUGGUAGAGCUCCUGCCUGACCUGUGUGAGGUCCUGGGUUCCAUCCCCAGCCUUGCAAAAUCCGAAUGUAGUAACUUUAAGCCAAGAGCUAUGUUAAAACUAUCCCUUUCUCCUGCACUCCUAAUAGUAACCCUGCCCCACUAGUCAGGAUUGCUUACUGUCACCAGUGAGAAAACCCAAACCUGGAGUUUGUAUCUGCCUGCCAGUGAUCUGCUGGAGAAGAGCAUGGAGAAAAUUGCUUCUUCUCAGUACUUGAAAGUCUCUUGUUCUGAUUAGAUGGCCUCAUGUACAUUGAUUCAGAAAGUUUGGGGUUUGUCAGCCUGGUCUCUUCAGUGUAAGUUAAGGAGAGCAAAUGCUAGCCUUUUUGCCUGGGGCAAAUGUAGUUUUUGCAGGUGGUUUCCAGCCCUUGCUUAUGUCUGUUCUGAAUUCUCUCUCCUUUUCUCUUUUGCACAGUUUGGGUAGCCCAGGCUUGAACUUGAGAUCCUCCUGAGUGCUGGAAUUAUUGGCAUGC